UCGGCGUGAGGAGGGAGUGAGCGAGCGGCUAAGAUGGCGGCUGCGGCGGUGUUGGAGUUCCAGCGAGCCCAGUCCCUGCUCUCCACCGACCGCGAGGCCUCCAUAGGGAUCCUGCACUCCAUAGUGAAGCGCGAUGUUCAGGAAAAUGAUGAGGAGGCAGUGCAAGUUAAAGAGCAGAGCAUCCUGGAACUGGGGGCGCUUCUUGCUAAGACUGGACAGGCGGAAGAACUUGGAGGACUUCUGAAGUAUGUUCGACCCUUCUUGAAUUCCAUCAGCAAAGCAAAGGCAGCCCGUUUAGUCCGAUCUCUCCUUGAUCUGUUCCUCGAUAUGGAGGCAGCUACAGGACAGGAGGUCGACCUGUGCUUAGAGUGUAUUGAAUGGGCCAAAUCAGAGAAGAGGACUUUCCUACGCCAGGCUCUAGAGGCAAGGCUGGUGUCUUUAUACUUCGAUACAAAGAGAUACCAAGAGGCAUUGCAGCUAGGAUCUCAGCUCCUGCGGGAGUUGAAAAAGAUGGAUGACAAGGCUCUCUUGGUUGAAGUGCAGCUAUUAGAAAGCAAGACAUACCAUGCCCUGAGCAAUCUGCCAAAAGCAAGAGCAGCUUUAACCUCUGCACGAACUACAGCCAAUGCAAUCUACUGCCCACCCAAACUGCAGGCAGCACUGGACAUGCAGUCAGGUAUUAUCCACGCAGCAGAAGAAAAGGACUGGAAAACAGCCUACUCCUAUUUUUAUGAGGCGUUUGAGGGAUAUGAUUCAAUUGACAGCCCAAAAGCCAUCACUGCAUUGAAAUACAUGUUGCUGUGCAAAAUCAUGCUCAACACCCCAGAGGAUGUGCAGGCAUUAGUGAGUGGGAAGCUUGCUCUGCGGUAUGCAGGAAGACAGACAGAAGCUCUAAAGCGUGUGGCACAGGCCAGUAAGAAUCGAUCGCUGGCAGACUUUGAAAAGGCUCUGACCGAUUAUAAGGUGGAGCUCAGGGACGACCCCAUCAUCAACACUCAUUUGGCUAAACUCUAUGAUAACUUAUUGGAACAAAAUCUGAUCCGAGUCAUUGAACCCUUUUCUAGAGUACAGAUGGAACACAUAUCCAGCCUCAUCAAGCUCUCAAAGGCUGAUGUGGAAAGGAAACUGUCACAGAUGAUCCUGGACAAGAAAUUUCAUGGGAUCCUCGACCAAGGGGAGGGAGUCCUGAUUAUCUUUGACGAGCCGCCAGUAGACAAAACGUACGAAGCUGCUCUUGAGACUAUUCAGAAUAUGAGUAAAGUAGUGGAUUCACUCUACAACAAAGCCAAGAAGCUAACAUAGAGUUGACUUUGGUAGCUGUCAUUUGGAGAGUGUGUGUGACAGGAGAGUGAAACCUUUGGGAAAAUGCUAGGAGACUUUUUUCUUUGUUCUACUUUUCGCUCGGAAAGUUUUUAAACGUCCUCAUCCGGUGCAUCUUGUAUUCCAUACGAUGCGUGUUCCAGUUUCCAUGUAACGUUUACUGGCCAAACUUUGUAUCGGGGGGGAAAUAUUGUUUAAAAAAAAGAGGGAUUCUAAAUAAAAGGAAAAAGGCUUACACUA